GUUCUUGGCAAUGUGGGUGGAUGCAUGCCGCCUCCGCUGAUAACGACCAUCAUCACCCAAAAGACGGCAUUCGUCUUACAUAAAAAAGCAAAUGUCAUCCUGUCGGAAUGUGCUCCGCACGCUUUCUGGGCGAAGUAAUGACGAGAGGGCGCUCGCGCCUAGCUCCGAUCUGAGGAUUUCGAUUCGGACGAAGAGAUAACGGCAAGCUUGCGAUAAGUCCUCCAAGCCGGCUUCGGAAUGGCUUGCAGAGAAGGAUUGGUGAGAAAGAUGUAUAAAGAAAGAGCUCAUGGCAUAAAAAAUCGUAGGUCGACAGGACCAACACUCCACUCCCCUCCGUCAAGAUGAAGUUCUCUUCCGUGCACGUGCUAUCAACCUUCACGGCUUUGACCUUGGCAACACCCAUCGAGCUAGUCGCUCGUCAAGAAGUCCACCACCUCUUCGAACGUCAAGACAUCCAAACUGCUAUUAAUGCCAGCCUACCAAAUGUCACUAUCUUCGCGACCGGAGGAACUAUUGCUUCCCAAGGUUCCUCAAACACGCAAACCGUAGGCUACCAAGUGGGGCUCGGAGUCCAGCAGCUCGUCGACGCCGUGCCCGAGAUCCUUAACAUCUCCAACAUCGCUGGCUACCAGAUCUCCAAUGUCGGCAGUGGGAGCAUCAAUGAGACGAUUUCGCUGAAGCUAAGCCACAUGAUAAAGGAGGAGCUGGCCAAGGAGGAAAUUGCCGGUGUGGUGAUUACGCACGGCACGGACACGCUGGAGGAGACGGCGUUCUUUAUGGAGUUGAGCGUGAAUUCGAGUAAACCGGUAGUUUGCGUAGGAGCUAUGAGGCCCGCGACGGCCCUGAGCGCAGAUGGACCGUUGAAUUUGCUCCAAGCGGUGACAUUGGCGGCGAGCCCAAAUGCAAUGGACAGAGGAACGAUGAUCACGCUGAAUGACCGAAUUGGAUCAGCAUUCUACACCACGAAGAACAACGCCAAUUCCCUGGACACCUUCUUCUCCACCGAAGCCGGCCAACUAGGUGUCUUCAUAAACCAAAUCCCCUACUUCUACUACGCGCCGGCUGAUCCAAUCGGUCUCGUGCACUUCGACCUAACCGACAUAUCCGACCUCGCACAAGUCGAUAUCCUCUACGCGCAUCAAGACAUGGACCCCGCUCUUUUCAACGCCUCCGCCGCCGCCGGUGCGCAGGGCAUCGUAUUCGCGGGCGUCGGGGCCGGCGGCAUGUCGAGUAAGGCCAGCUUAGCCGCGGAAGAGCUUUUCAACGCCACGGGAAUCCCGAUUGUAGCGAGUCACCGCAGUGCAGAUGGAUUUGUUCCCGCGGAUGAUGAGGACUUUGCGAUUGUGAGCGGGUUUUAUAAUCCGCAGAAGGCGAGGGUGUUGCUGCAGAUGGCGCUUACAAUCGGGUACGAAUAUGAGGAGAUUAAGGAGUUGUUUGCGAAGAGUUAUCCCAUGCCCUAAUGGAUGAGAUGA